CACACGCUUCGGCAUAGAGCGCGAGACCGCAGGCGGGGCAGCGGCGGAAAGGCACUAAAAAGGAAAAAAGGGAGGGGCUGUUCUCCCGGCAAAAAAAAAGGGACCGGCAAAAAGUAGGCCACGCGCAAGAAAGCUCCGAUUGGCUUUAAAGGAGGGAAAAGGUUCAGUUACUCCAAAAGGCUUCAUCUUCCAAGCCUUUCGUUGCUCCUUGGAGGAAAACCCGAGGAGACCAUGGACCACCUCGCCUCCUUCAGCAACGACCCUUUCGACAAGCCGCCGUGCCGAGGCUGUUCUUCGUACCUUGCGGAGCCCUACAUAAAAUGCGCAGAGUGCGGACCGCCUCCGUUCUUUCUGUGUUUGCAGUGUUUCACAAGAGGAUUUGAAUACAAGAAGCACCAGAGCGAUCACACCUAUGAAAUAAUGACCUCCAACUUCCCCGUCCUUGAUCCGACUUGGACGGCUCAAGAAGAAAUGGCCCUCCUAGAAGCCGUGAUGGACUGUGGCUUCGGAAACUGGCAAGAUGUCGCCAACCAGAUGAGCACCAGGACGAAAGAGGAGUGUGAAAAGCAUUACAUGAAACACUUCAUCAACAACCCCCUUUUUGCCUCCUCAUUGCUGAACCUGAAGCAGGCGGAAGAGAACCACCAUGCCGACACGGCCAUUCCCUUUUACUCUUCUGAAGAUCCUCCACGACCGACCUUUGAUUCCUUGCUCUCCAGGGAUAUGGCUGGAUACAUGCCAGCCAGGGCAGACUUCAUUGAGGAGUUUGACAAUUACGCCGAAUGGGAUUUAAGGGAUAUAGAUUUUGUGGAGGACGACUCAGACCUUUUACACGCUUUGAAGAUCGCAGUUGUAGACAUCUAUCAUUCUAGGCUGAAGGAAAGGCAACGGAGGAAAAGGAUUGUAAGAGACCAUGGACUGAUCAAUCUCCGAAAAUUCCAGAUCCUAGAGAGAAGAUACCCAAAAGAGGUUCAAGAUCUCUAUGAGACAAUGAGGCACUUUGCAAGGAUACUGGGACCGACGGAGCAUGACAAAUUCAUAGAAAGUCACGCAUAUUCUGCUUUCGGUUUGAUGAGAUUCCCAGUCCACUAUCAACAACAUCAAAGCCGUUUCCGUGUUUCAUUCCAGCUGGAUUCGCGGCAAAGGGAGUGGCAGUUUCUGCAUAGCUCUGGAUUUAAUAAUCUCCACGUUUCCUUCUUAGUGGAGUUUGAGCUGCGGAGAGAAAUCAAAAGGCUACAGGAAUACAGGACAGCCGGCAUCACCAACUUCUGCAGCGCGAGAGCGUACGACCGGCUCAAGAAAACGCGCGAGGAGGAGCGGCUGAAGCGCACCAUGCUCUCCGAAGUCCUGCUGUACAUCCAGGACAGCAACGCCUGCCAGCAGUGGCUCAGCCGACAAGCCGAUCUUGAUUCUGGUCUGAGUCCCUCCAUGCCAGUUUCGUCCAAUUCAGGCAGGAGAAGCGCCCCACCAUUGAACCUCACUGGCCUCCCUGGGACGGAAAAACUCAACGACGAAGAGAAAGAGUUGUGCCAGGUUGUUCGGCUGGUUCCCGGCGCCUACUUAGAGUACAAGGCGGCUUUGGUCAAUGAGUGCCAGAAGCAAGGAGGCCUAAGGCUGGCCCAGGCGCGCGCCCUGAUCAAGAUCGACGUGAACAAAACCAGAAAGAUCUACGACUUCCUCCUCCGAGAAGGAUACAUCACCAAAGCGUAACGGAGGAACGGUGGCGGUGGCCUUCGGGGACUUCUUGGGCAGAGCCCUUUCGAAUCUAAAGACUUGGACUUCCAUUUGAAACGGUCGUCUCGGAAAAUGGUCCUCGUACCGUUUCCUUUUCUUUAUCUUCCCCCCUUCCGAAAAGCGCUCUCCUUUAUAAUAACGUUGGCAUGACAAGAAAGAGAGAUGUGGGACGUGUAAUCGAUUAUUAAAACCUGAGUGGGCA